AGAGAAAAAGAAAGCAGGAAAGUAAAGGGAGAGGUAGAGGGAGGGCUCAAGAAAGGGAACAUGUUCCCUUCCUGAAGGUGCACCCUGACUUGAACUGUUGCUUGUUGGAUGAAAUUUUUGUGAAUCUUGAGGUUCUGUUCUUGAUUUUGUCUGGGUCCUGCUUUUGGAUUUGGUUUGGGAUGUCUGUGGGAAGAGGUUUUCUACUGUGGGGAUAGUUGAAGAAGGCUUUGGUUUUCUCGGUUUCUCUGCUGCAGGAAAGAGAUUGGUUUACUGAUACCUGUUGGGUUUGAGGGUGCAUGUCAUUGGGUUGCGGAGUUUAUGUUUGGGAGGUGAUUGUGGUGCUAGAUUUUACAACUAGCAAGAAAUUACACUUGCUCCAGAACUAGCCUGGUAUUGGGAUAUGCAUCUUGAUGCAAGAUAUUCUGAAAUGCAAGACAUUGGCAUGAGAGGUUCACAGAAUAGACCCUAUUCAAAAUCUACUUGUGUGAACAAUCCUACUUGGUGGAAUUCAAAUAGUGCAACUAUUCCGGAGUCCUCAUAUUCCAAGAACUUGAAUAUGAACAUGGACUUCUUGGGGAAAGAUGGUAACAAGGUAAAGCUAUUGAACCAUUCGGUAUCCGAACAUGACUCAUCAACUCAGUCCACUGGUCAAUCUCAUCAAGAAAUAUCAGGAACAAGUGAAGACAAUGUUCAUGAGCAACAUAUUUCAGUACAAUCUGGUAUCGAUAGUACACUCACAAAGUCAGCCAAGGAUCAUCUGAAGCCAGUCAUAUCUCUUGGGGCAUCAGAUGCUGCCCUUGCACCUCCAAAAUGGGACUACAGCCAGUCCUUUGCUCCUGUUCCAUACCCUUAUGCUGACCCAUAUUAUGGUGGUAUCUUUGCUGUGUGCGGACCACAUGCUGUGAUUCAACCACAAAUGACGGGAAUAGCAUCCCCUGCUCGAGUUCCACUGCCGCUUCAACCUGCAGCGGAAGAACCCAUUUAUGUCAAUGCAAAACAAUAUAAUGCAAUACUUCGAAGGAGGCAGCUGCGUGCAAAGUUGGAGGCUCAAAACAAACUCAUCAAAAAUAGAAAGCCAUAUCUUCAUGAGUCACGCCAUCUUCACGCAAUGAAGAGGGCAAGGGGAUCCGGUGGACGAUUCCUCAACACAAAGCAGCUCCAGCAACAACAGCAGACGCAGGCUUCUGCCAUGUCAGGCCGUAAGCAGCUCACCGGUUCAGAGCUCCGCCCCAUUGGUUUGGCUGCCACUUUGAUCGACUCUGAAACCGCAAGUGUCUCUACAAACAGAAGCAUGUUAGCGCAACGGGAUCGCUUGGGCUUCCCCUUGCCCAAUCUCCUCCAUUCAAGCAUGGGAACAACAAGCAAUCAAGGUGGCAGCAGCAUGAUGAGCAGUAAUUCGGAGCUCCAAGUCCCACCCAUGCGGUAAAACUUGGGGAGCCAACCGAGAGUGAGGAGAUUGUAUCUCGCUGUGUCUCACGGUGGUUCCCCGGCAAUUCAUCCUUGGCUUUUGGCAUCUCAUCCGAAAUGCUUCAUUUGACAUGGUACUAAAAAACUCUAGUUUGGUAACUCAGAAACUCAUCAGUGUUAACCAGUACAGAGCUUAUCGUACUCGUCCUUUAAUUUGUACCAAGUAAAGAGAUAGCAAGUGCGACUCAGAGACCUCCUUCUCAAACAAAUGCAUGGAUUCCAUCUCCAUCCUGUUUACUACUUAAUGCAUGAAUUCUCCGAAUCUGAUAA